CGCUGUGCAGUCGCCUCUAUAUAAACACACAUGUCAAGCAGCAACUUCGGCGUUCCGCGCUCGCCCCUGUAAAACAGCAGCAGGUUUUCAGGUUCGCGCGAACGUCUGGGUGGAGAAAUACUGCCGGGAACAUCGCCGCGGCGCCACAAUGAAGCAGAAAAUUGAAUUUAAUUAGACCCGAGGGGUGGGGUUGAAAAGAAGGCAGCGUGUGAGCCUGAGAAGCGCUUGCCUGUUUGUGAAGGGCACAUGAGUGCUAAAGUGCUUUAAAGGGCGUGAGAGCGACAUGUCCGGGGAAGGAGCGCAGCCGCAGCGCUUCUCCAAAGUGCCGGGCAUCUGCCAGUGAGGACGGUGCGCUCCGGCGGUGCCCCAGCCCCGACCUCCGCAUCACCACACCUCCAGCACCACGAAACGGAGCUGCGCUUCCUCAAGCGUUCCGCCGUUUCUCUUCCGAAUGCUGGGAGCCAUGCAUGAGAAGUACACCCUGACCUCCCCCGAGAGGCUGCCCCGGGACGCCGAGGGAAAGGAAUCGGUGUUCGCUGGAGGAGCUCUCCCAAAGCGAAGGAUGCUGGUGGGACUGGAUGUCAUCUGCCUGCUCGUAGCAUCCAUCCCCUUCUUCGCCUGCGAGCUGAAGGCCGUUACCCCGUACCAGAGAGGGUUAUUCUGUGGGGAUUCCAGCAUCACCUAUCCGUACCUGGACAGUGAGGCUAUUCCAGACGGGCUUCUCAUCGCUGGGGGCAUCAUCAUCACGGGGCUGACAAUCGCACUGGGUGAGUGCUGCCGCGUCCGAUUCUGCGGCGUGAAGUCUCGUGCUUUUGUCAGGAACCUCUACGUGUCUACGCUGUACAAGGAGCUGGGAAGCUUCCUGUUUGGCUGCUGCGUCGGCCAAUCGAUGACCAACGUGGCCAAGCUGUGCGUGGGGCGCCUGAGGCCACACUUCCUGUCGGUGUGCAACAUCACAUAUACCUCCCUGAACUGUACCGUCGGGACGUACAUCCCCCACAUCACCUGCAAGCAGCCAGACCAUGCGAUGGUGGAGGAGGCCAGGAAGUCCUUCUUCUCAGGCCACGCCUCCUUCGCCAUGUACACCAUGCUUUACCUGGCGUUCUACCUGCAGGCUCGGUUGUCAGGGUCCGGGGCCCGCCUGCUUAGACCCUUGUUGCAGCUCCUGCUGGUGCUGCUGGCCCUGUACACUGGCCUGAGCCGCAUUUCGGACUAUCGGCACCACCCCGGCGAUGUGCUUACCGGCUUCCUGCAGGGGGCGCUCACGGCCUGCUGGGUGGCCUUCUACAUCUCCUCCAUGUUUAAGAGCUCGCAGCCGGGCCUGUCGCCCACCAGUGUGUCCCUGGACGUCUCCCCAAGCAGCCAACAGACGGUGUGCUAGCAUGGAGAGAGGAGGGGGGGCGGGG